AUGCGACCCUUGUCACUGGUCAGUCGGACCAGUGGCGAUCGGGUCGCUCCGAUUGAUACUCUAGAGCCUAUUGCCAUUGUUGGCUUGGCUACUCGUUUCUCCAAGGAUGCAGCCACCACCGAAGAUCUAUGGCAGAUGCUGUUGGAAGCGAGAUCAACUUGGUCUUCCAUUCCCAAGGAACGAUUCAAUUCAGAUGCAUUUUAUCACCCAGAUCCGGAACAUGGGGGAACGUUCCAUGUCCAAGGAGGGCAUUUCCUCUCGGAAGAUCCGGCCGUCUUCGAUGGUCCCUUCUUCAAUAUUUCCAAGAAUGAACUCUUGACCUUAGAUCCGCAACAACGAUUGGUCCUGGAAAAUGUCUACCAUUCCUUGGAAAAUGCUGGCAUCCCCAUGGAGAAUGCCCUGGGCUCCAACACAUCCGUCUUUGUCAGCGGGUUUAACCAUGAAUACCUUGGAAUACUCAAUUCAGACCCAGAAACCGCGGUCAAGUACAAACCAACCGGCGUAACGAAUGCCACUCUUUCGAACAGAGUCAGCUGGUUCUUCAACUUCAAGGGAUCUAGUAUGACAAUUGACACCGCCUGCUCCAGUAGUCUGGUGGCGUUGCAUCUCGCCGUGCAAAGUCUACGUGCCAGAGAAACAAACAUGGCCGUUGUCAGCGGAGUCAGCAUCUUGGAGAACCCCGUCGAGACAAUUGGUAUGGGCCACCACGGUCUACUCGGAGCUCAAGGGCGCUCUUUCAGUUUCGAUGCUCGCGCUGAAGGUUACGCCCGUGGGGAGGGUGUUGGCACGGUAAUCCUGAAGCCAUUGCAUGCUGCCAUGCGAGAUGGCGAUACUAUCCGUGCGAUCAUCCGGGAGACCGGGGUGAAUCAAGAUGGCCGUACCCCCGGAAUCACCGUUCCCAGUGCCGAUGCCCAAGAGAGACUUAUUCGAGAAGUCUACUGGAGAGCCGGGCUAGAUAUGGAACAGACCAGGUUCGUCGAGGCUCACGGCACUGGUACGAGUACUGGGGACCCUAUCGAGGCAGAAGCUUUGUCGAGGGCGUUCAAAUGCCGUCGAGAUGGGCCUCUUUAUGUCGGCGCAGUCAAAUCUUCCAUUGGGCAUUUGGAAGGAGGUUCAGGGGUAGCAAGCAUCAUCAAGUCUAUUCUCGUUCUAGAGUCAGGGAUUAUUCCUGCCAAUCAUGGCCUCCAGGAGGUUAAUCCCAAGAUUCCUACCGCUGAUUGGAAUAUUGAAUUUCCCAUUCAGAAUACGCCGUGGCCGUCAAAGGGACUACGCAGGGUGUCUGUGAAUUCAUUCGGCAUUGGCGGAACCAAUGCUCACUGCGUCUUGGAUGAUGCCUACCAUUAUCUCCAAGAACGCAGGAUCUCAGCCGCUCAUCAUACAACACCAACCGUCUCCCGUGCUGGAAAGAUACUGUCAAGGAGACCGUCAAGUCACGGAUCUGAGACCGACGACUCUUACUGUCACUCUGAUUCUGCAGAUGAUAGCGACCAUUCCGGUAGUGGCUUCGUGCUUGUAGACACUCCUACCAGUGAAGCAUUCUGUAGCUCACCGGGUUUUGGACCUCCUGACUUCAAUAGUCUGAUUGAGAUUCCUCAUAUAUUUUUGCUUUCUGGAUUUGACGAAGACGGUGUGAAACGCAAUGCCUCUUCAUAUGCUAGAUAUCUGACCAGAAAAUCGUCACGUCCACAAUCUUGUGACCAACUUCUCGACGAUCUAUCACUCACUCUUUCACAUCAUCGAUCUAUUUUCCCAUGGAAGGGUUUCGUCACGGCGUCAACAGUCAAACAGCUUGCGUGGACACUGGCAGAGUCAGGAUCCUUGAGCGCCACAAGGACUGUCGCUGCACCGGAAAUCAGCUUCGUGUUUACCGGGCAGGGCGCACAAUACCAAGCGAUGGGUCGGGCUUUGAUGGCCUAUCCGGUAUUCCAGGAGUCUUUGGACGAGGCCUCUGAGUAUAUUCGUCGACUCGGAAGUCCCUGGAUCUUGAUGGACGAGCUCUUUGCCGACGAAAAGUCCACACGGAUCAACCUUCCCGAAAUCGCCCAUCCAGUCUGCACCGCAUUGCAGGUUGCAUUGGUAGAUCUCCUCGCGAGCUGGGGAAUAUUCCCAAAAUACGUGACCGGCCAUUCAUCCGGAGAGAUUGCAGCCGCCUACUGCGCGGGCAAGCUAUCGCGCGAGGCCGCUUGGAAGGUCUCAUACUUCCGUGGCUAUGUCUCAUCCAAGCAGUCAUCAGCAAACGGAGCAAUGAUGGCUGUCGGCUUGAGUGGAUCUCGCCUUGAAUCAUAUCUCGAUGUAGUUCGCAAGAAUUUGAAAGGGGAGCUUAUCAUUGCCUGUCACAACAGUCCCAAGAACAACACAGUAUCUGGUGACGAUAAGAUGGUUGAUGCACUGAAAGAACUGUUGGAUGCUGAUGGGGUAUUUGCCCGGAAACUCAAUGUUCAAAAUGCCUACCACUCUGCGCACAUGGAGGAGAUUGCCCCGGACUAUCUGUAUCUCAUGGGCUCAUUUAACUCUGGCAGCCGAUUGGCUGCGCCCCAUGUGGUGCAUAUGUUCUCUACUGUGACCGGUGAAGAGAUGCAACAAGAGCACCUUCCUGGUCAAUACUGGGUGAACAACAUGGUUUCGCCUGUCAAAUUUACCGCUGCACUAGGCAAAAUGCAAGCGCGAGCAACGGCUGACGGCUCUGAUGGCGGCACACUUCACAUUCUUGAGGUUGGACCCCAUUCAACACUUCAUAGCGCCAUUAAAGAGACACUCGGAUUGAAGAAAGACCAGCAAAACAUGAAAUACCUCGGUCUACUCAAGCGGAAUGAUCAUACAUUGAACGUUCUACUCAACACCAUCGGAUCUCUGGCUGUCAAUGGCUAUCCUGUGGACUUGCACAAGAUCAAUCUCGCUUCUCGACCUCAGAAAAGAAGACAAUCGCAGCUCCUGGUUGAUCUUCCCCCAUACAGCUUCAAACAUACGGAGAAGAUUCUCUACGAGAGCCGAUUGAGCAGAAACCUGCGGAACCGGAAAUUCCCUCGUCAUGAUCUGUUCGGUGCUCCGGUCAUGGACUGGGACCCCAAUCUGCCUAGGUGGAGGCAUUUCGUUCGGUUGGAUGAGAACCCCUGGUUGAGGGAUCACAUGGUAAGACUUUCGUUCGUUUCGUUCAAUGCGUUUGCUAAUAUUAUCCAGGUCACCGGUAACUACGUCUAUCCUGGUGUUGGCUUCCUCGUUAUGGCAAUCGAGGCAUCUCGACAAUUGGCUGGUGAAGCGAAACUCGCCGGCUUCAAACUCCGCCAUGUUUCUAUUCAGAGAGCCUUGAUCAUCCCGGAUACCAAACAAGGAAUUGAAGUCUGUCUGUUGAUGACAUCUGCAGAGCCGUCAUCUGAAGCCAAGUCUUGGCGUCGCUUUCACAUCAGCUCAUACAAUGAGUCGAGCGACACGUGGACUGAACACUGCUCUGGUGACAUCGCCGUGGAAUUUGCAAAGAUCGCAGAUCCCAUUGACAAGGGUCGCGAGGCAAAAGCAGAAGCCCAGACCCAGUUGGAAGAAUUCAAAUGCGCAGAGAAUGAUUGUACCCGAUCUGUGAAUUUCCCAAUGAUCUACAAGAACCUCCAAAGGGAGGGUCUCGGCUUCGGACCUCUCUUCCAGAACCUUGGCAAUGUGCGUACCAGUGGUUCGAAGCUUGGAAUGAUGACAGGCAUGGUAUCAACUCCCGAUAUUGCCAAGUCAAUGCCAAAGCAAUACCUGCAGUCUCAUUUGAUCCAUCCCGCCACAAUGGACAGUAUGAUACACAUGAUGAUCGCGGCAGUCAUCGAUUUCAAUGGCCAGAGUUCUCUUGAUACGAUCAGACUUCCCACAUUCAUUCGUGAUAUGUGGGUUUCAGCCGACGUAAGCUCUUCGCCAAAUCACAAGUUUACAGGACAUGCAUCUGUAGCUUUUUCGGGGGCUGGCAAGUUCCAGGGUCGCAUUCAGGUAUUCGAUGCUGAAACUAAGGUGCACCGCAUUGCGAUGAAUGAUAUUGAACUUACUCCUCUUGAAUCGGGCUCUGAGGAUACUUUCAAGCGCCAGCUGUGCACGCUAAUUGACUGGACGCCGGAUGUUGAUUUUCUUAGUUCCGAGUCUGCCUGUGAUCUGGUUCCCAUUGAGCAUGCCGAUAGUAACCAGGAACGAUUGUGGGUCCAGCGUCUUCAACUUGCAACCAUGCUUCAUGUCAUGGAUGCACUGGAUGAGCUCAAUGACCUCGAUGUUACAACUCUCGAUUUGCAUCUACGCAGAUUCUACGACUGGAUGAGGCACGUGCGAGAGAAAUUGGUGAAUGAUGCCAUCAUUCACCUGCCUUACUCCAAGUUCGGCGAAGUGGCUCACGACGAGUCACUCAAACAAUCACUCUUUGGAGAGGUUGAACGACACAGUGCUGAAGGGGCCAUUACAAUCCGAAUGGGCCGCAACAUUGUCGGUGUUAUGCGAAAUCAGAUUGACCCUCUCCAUCUCAUGUUCGGACAAGACAAUUUUAUGGAAGAUGUGUACAAGGAGGGUCUUCAGUUGUACAACUUGCCCAAGUAUCUCAAGAACCAUCUCACACUCCUUCGCCACAAACAUUCCGGAUUGAAUAUCCUGGAAGUAGGAGGCGGUACUGGCAGUUUCACGGCGGAAAUUCUCGCCGUACUUGCACCAGAAUCAGACCCUGCCAAAGGCAUUGCAAGCUAUACAUUCACCGAUAUCUCAUCCGGCUUCUUUGAUAAAGCCAAGAAGAGAUUCCAAUCGUGGAACAACAUCAUGAAUUUCAAGACCAUGGACAUUGGAAGGAAUCCCGUCGAGCAGGGCCUGCAGCCUGGUACCUACGAUUUGAUCUUCGCCGGGAACGUCAUCCACGCCACUGCAGAUUUGCACAAUGCACUGGGUAAUCUCAGAUCUCUUCUUCGCCCUGGUGGUCAAUUGAUCAUGCAAGAAGGAAUUCGACAAGAUUUCUUGUGGUAUCCUCUUGUUUUUGGCCUGCUUCCCGGGUGGUGGCUUGGCAAUGAGCCUAUGCGACAAUGGUGUCCGUACAUUCCAUCCUGUGAAUGGAACAAACUUCUCGCUGAAUCUGGGUUCUCGGGUGUCGAUAUCGAGUAUCCAAGCUCCGCUGAUGAAGACUUGACGUGGCAAAGUAUCCUUGUCUCGACUGCCGUUGCUCCGCCCAAUGUGACAGCGCGAGAUAUCUAUAUCCUGUCGUCGAUGGCUCCGGCAACAAUGGACGCAGUCGCGACGCUUCGAGAUGCAUUACAGCAAAGGAAAGACUCGCGUAAUGUCACUGUGGUAGGACCGUCGGAGCUCAGCCUCGUCACCGGAUCCGAUUCACUUUGUAUCUCCUUUUUCGAUCUGGAAACUUCCUUCCUUUCGGACAUCAAGAACGACGAGUUUGUUGCGUUAAGGUCGAUGCUCGUGGAAUGUCCAAACAUCCUGUGGUUGACUCCAAAUACUUCCUCUCAACCAUUGACAGGUAUGAGCACGGGUCUUCUGCGGACCGUACGAUGGGAGCGCGACGCGGACGGCUCGAACAUCGUGACGUUGGACAUUGAUGAUCUUUCAGUCAUUGGUGGGAAGAACCUGGCAACAUGGAUUGAAAAGAUAGUCAACCAUCAAUUUUCGGCAACUCUGGCAGCUGAUCGGCAUGCUGAGUACCGGCUGCGAAACGGAACUAUUGAAGUCGGUCGACUGCGCGAGUGGAAGGCACCAGACGAGUUCCUCGCUACGCAAGCGUCAACUGCUACACCAGAAUUGAAGCGUCUUGGAGAGAUCGAUCGUCCCAUCGAGUUGGACUUCUCAAAGCCUGCCGCACAGGGCCUAUAUUGGUCAACAGACACAUCCUGCGAAAGCCCUAUUCAGAAUAUGGAAAUUGAGGUCGAGAUUCGGGCAAUGGGUCUCAGUUCGGAUAUCAACUGCCUCAAUCCCUCGAAGGAGGCGUCUGGUAUUGUGAAAAGCGUUGGGUCGGCAGUGGAAGACUUUGUCCCCGGUGAUCAUGUCGUCUUCCUCACUGGGAACAAAGAUAAAAGCUACUUCCGGACUGUUGCGCGACUUGAUCACAGAUUGGCCGUCAAAAUGCCCCCUGGGAUGUCAUUUGACGUUGCUGCAGGGCUCCCCUCUGUCUAUGUCACUGCUCUCUACGGACUAGGUGAUGUGGCGAGAUUAUCCGAGUCUGACAAGAUCCUGAUUCACGAUGGAGCUGGAGCCCUCGGUCAGGCUGCCAUUCAGUAUGCCAAAAUAAUCGGUGCAACUAUAUUUACCACAGUCUCCACUGUGCAAGAUCGAGAGUUCCUCACUGCUGAGUACGGAAUACCUGAGGACCAUGUAUUCUCCCAGCACACCGACAGCUUUACUCUCGGUAUCAUGAGAUGCACCAAUGGCGAUGGGGCUGAUGUCGUUUUCAAUGCCCUGGCCAGUGAGAGUCUGCAGGAAUCCUUGGCUUGUGUUGCUCCUUUUGGUAGCUUCCUUCACGUCGAUAGAAAUGGCGGGAAGUUCAACAAAGCCAUGCUUGAUCUUUCCUCAGUGCGGCCUAACGUGACCAUUGCCAACAUUGAUAUCUCUUCCUUGGCCGAGUAUAGACCGAAUGUGGUCAAGCAUCUGCUGACCAAAGCCCUGGGUUUGUACAAGGAAGGUGAGAUUGGUCAGAUUCAGCCUUUGACAGUCAUGGAUUUCACCAAGAUUGGCGAACGCGAUCAGGCAUUGGACAAGAGCAAGGGAAGAAUCGGGAAGGUCGUAUUCAAAUACGAUCCUUCUGAUCUGGUCGGUGUCAUGCCUGAUGCUCUACCUCCAUAUCAGUUUGACGGUCAGGUUUCUUACGUUCUUGCUGGCGGACUAGGUGGCUUGGGCCGUAGCCUGGCUCGAUGGAUGGUCGCCCGUGGCGCAAAGAGCCUUGUCUUCCUGUCCCGUUCUGGCCAUGUAUCUCCCUCGGGGGCAGAAAUGCUGGAAGAUAUAAAAGGUUCUGGAUGUACGGCCCGCAUUUUCAUAUGCGACGUCGCCAAUACCGAUCACAUCAAGUCUGUCGUCGAGGAAUGUGCAACCUCCCUCCCUCCCAUCAAAGGCUGUAUCCAGUGCUCCAUGACUUUACGGGAUGGCGCUUUCGCAAGUAUGUCCAUGAGUGAUUGGCAGACUCCGGUCGCGCCCAAGGUUCAAGGGUCCUGGAACCUACAUGAACUUCUACCAAUCGACAUCGACUUUUUCGUCAUGCUUUCUUCAGUGGCAGGCAUCUUUGGUAAUCGUGGUCAAGCCAACUAUGCAGCAGGAAAUACUUUCCAAGAUGCCCUCGCUGCGUACCGUACUGCGCGGGGAAUGAACACAUACAGCCUCGACCUGGGCAGUGUGUCGAGCGUCGGAUGGGUGGCUGAGAACAAAGAGUCAAUGCGUACUCAAACAGCCACAUUAUUCGAAUUGCUGCGCGAAGAUGAAGUCCACGGCGCUAUUGAGUUCUUGAUUGACCCAAGAUAUCAGAAGCUCAAUCCUCAAUCUACACCCCAGUCACAGCUGGUGCUGGGUCUUCCAACGGCGGAAUUGUGUCAACAAAAUGGCAUCCCGCUGCCAACAUACCUCAACUACUCUCUCUUCACUCACCAACGCAACACCGUCACCACAAAAGCUGCAGAGUCCACCGACCAAAAGACAAUCAGCACUGCCAGUCUCUUGAGCUCGGUGUCUUCAAUUGACGACGCAGUCUCAGUGGUUUCGGACGGUAUUGUCGAGAGACUCUCCUCCCUCCUUUCUAUCCCCACAUCAGAACUCGACGUUCAAAGAUUCGGAUUCGGAGCCAUCGACUCACUCGUCUCAAUGGAGUUCCGCUCAUGGAUUGUCAAAGAGCUGAAAGCUGAUGUCUCUCUUUUGGAUAUUAUGGGUGCCCAGAAUAUUCGCUCUCUCAGUGAGAAGAUUGCUCGAACGACUCGUCUUUUGGGAGAUCCUCCAACUUAG